GUGUAUGUGUCAGAGUGGGUCAUUGUGAAGCCUGGGACUACACACUGCUACAGAGGAUAAGCUUGUUAAUGCGUCUAGCCCACUGUUAGAGAGAGAAGCGAGCAGUGACUCAUGGCCACUGUUACCUCUCAUGAACACACACAAGUGUUUCCUGAACGAAAGUCUCCACAGUAAUGGUCUUAGAAUUUUACUUAAAAGCCACAUUACAUCUGUGUGUUGUGGGGGCACUUCCUGUCUGAGCAGCAGAAAGAUGGAAGAGAUACAAAAAGAGAGAAUGAGAGAGAGAGGAAGUGAGAGAACAGCCCACACGAAAACGAAGAAAGGGACUCGACCUAAUUUUGCUUAUUUCACGCAGCUAUUUCUAGAAAGAAUCCAUUUUUUUCUGCCAAUAGCAGGAGACAUUUAAUUAAAUAGUAAAACGAAAAAAUCUAAAAAUAAACGUAAUAAACCUAAAUGAGAAUUGUACCUUUAUUCAAGCUAUUUUCAGAUGAUUUUUUUGCAGUGUUUGUGUACAUUAGUUCUUGUUACAGCUAACCCAAGUGGCGUAUACGUCUUAGCUGAUACACCAUGCAGCAUCACAGUGCGUACUUGUAGUAUGUGACAGUUCCUUAUCAGACUUUAAUGAAAGUUUAUUUUUGUAUCUUUAUAAUUUUACUGAAUGUGAAUAUAACAAUCCUUCUGCAACAUUUUAGGUAAUUAGAACAUCAUUUUGAUUUGGCGGUGAAUGUAGGGAAUUUGGGAGACCUGUUUGAGAGAUUUUUUUAUUAUUAUUAUUUUAUUUUAUUGUUUUGCUAUAGAAUUCUAGUGAUUGGUGUUGAUCUGUGUCUGAUGUCUCUGACUUCAUUUGGUUAAGAAAUGGUGAGGCAAGUUUGAAAAACACCAUGUGCACUCACUGACCUCAGAUCUGCCUUCAGAAUGUCCCUCUUUCUUCGGAGCAGUCCUGGUGCUUACUUAGAGACACAUGCUCCCUCUCUCCCUCUUACUUUGUAUUCAACACCAUAUUCACCUCAAAAAGCACUUCCUGUCUUAGGCAGUGCAAAGCUGAGCUUGUCUUUUGUUGAGAAAGAUUUUUAAAUUGGCUUACAAGAGAGGCUUGUCACACAUGCCGGGAAGGGAGCUGUAGCUCUUCCUCCUUGAACUAUCUCACUUCUCUGUCCUUAUAAAUCAUGGCAGUGUUUGCUGAAGUGAGUAUGCACUGGUCUGGUAGAGGAAGUUGGACUUGUGGAGCACUGCAGUCUGGCUCACAACAAUUCGACAGUCUGUGGGGUUUAAAGAGGUUUUUUUUUACUGGUUUAAAGCUGCUUUUGGGCAUCAUUCACAGUGAUCUUUAAAGCUCAACCAUGGAGUGGAGUUAUAUUCUACCCAUCCAUUUUAUGGAGCUGAAGUUGAUGAGUUCGCCAAGCCUCAGCGAACUGGGCAAGAGUGACAAGGCAGCCUUGGAGGAGCGAGGCGCUCAGCAGUGCAGGGCAGGGGCCAACGCCAUCUGGAAUAGUAUCCAUAAUGCGGUAAUCGCCACGUUCCAGAAGAAAGAUCUGGGAGACAAUGAGCUGUACUCGUUAAAUGAAGGAGUCAGGCAGCUGCUGAAGACAGAACUGGGCUCCUUCUUCACAGAGUACCUGCAGAACCAGCUCCUAACCAAAGGAAUGGUCAUACUGCGCGACAAAAUCUACUUCUACGAAGGUCAAAAGUUACUAGAUGCUCUGGCUGAAACCUGGGACUUUUUCUUUUGUAAUGUCCUCUCCAUGCUGCAAGCCAUUUUCUACCCAGUCCAGGGGAAAGAGCCCUCGGUGAGGCAGCUGGCUCUCCUGCACUUUCGGAACAUUAUAACUCUGAGCAUAAAGCUGGAGGACGCUUUGUCUCGUCCCAACGCUUGUGUGCCCCCUUCCAUCAUACAAAUGUUGCUCAUACUGCAGGGCGUGCACGAGUCUCGAGGAGUGACUGACGACUACUUGAAGUUGGAAUCUCUGAUCCAGAAAGUUGUGUCUCCGUACCUGGGCACGCACGGCCUCUACGCUGACGAUGGCUGUGUGGCGCAGUGCUCCUGUGUGCUGGGUGAGGAUGGAGAAAUCCACACAGCGUUUAGCAUUCACCCUGAUGAGAAGCGGUUGCUGCGGCACUGGCCCAAACUGGGUGACGCCUCUGCUAGGAACCCUGUAGUGCGCUCCAAGAGCUACAACGUGCCCAUGCUGACGCCUGUGGUGGAGUACGAGACGGAGGCCACAUCAGUGGGCAGCGCAGGAAUCCGACGACAUUCCGUGUGCCAGAUGACCUCGUGCCAAGAGGAGCCGGCAUUCUCCAGCACCAAGUCCAGCCCCGAGAUGAACACUGCACCCCAGCUUUCAGCCUCUCACCCGUCCUUAGAACAGGACUCAGCUCUGUCAGGAUGCAGAGCGCAGGGGAAGGGCACAUCUCCACUCCCAUCCCCUUCCAUGUAUCCCUUGAUUUUCCCUCAAUGUUCUUCAGAAAUCUUUCAGAAAAUGUCCCAAGAAUCAGGUUCUGAGCUUACCCAGGAAGUGGCCUCACUACCCAGAGGCUCGUCAAGCCCCGAGACCAGAAGCUCGUCGAGCCCUGACACCAUCACGGAUCAGCUCCUGGAGUCUCUGGACUCAGAGUCAGAGGGAAUCUUCAUCGACUUCAGCUGCCACUCGCACUCCUCUAACUUCAGCCACGAGAGUGAGAGUGUGGUCUAGGAAGGCAGCAGAGCCACAGCGCCCAGCUCCGCCCGUUUAUUCAAGAAUAGGGAUUCAUUUCACAUUCCUUUUAAUUUCAUACUGAAUAUCUGAAAAGUCAAACUUUAACAAGUUUUUUUAAAGUGCAUGGGGAAUUCACUUCACAGCAGUUAUUCCUCAAAUUCUCAAUUAAUUACAAACUUACUUUAGAAUUCUUUACGUUGGGUGGAACAUUUUCCAAACUUUUUAUAACAAAGUUUUAGAAUAACAAACUAUAUAUUAUAUAGCAAAUUCUAUAACAGAUUAAUAUAUUUUAAUUACUAUUUAAUUGUAUUUAUUUAUUUAAUUGUUUAAUUGUGGGCUGUGAUUAAUGCUGUGAUCAGAAGAUCGAGGUUCAAGGUGCCACUGUUCCCUAAUCAAAGCCCUAACGAGUGAAGCGCUAUGUGAAGAAGAGAAUUCUACUGUAAUGUGACUGAUAACGCCUUUCCUCUUUUUUGCUUCUAUUUUUAAAAAUGGCUGGAUAAUGAUUUGAGGCAUUAAAUAUCAAUAUCACAUG